CUUAGUCUGACUUUGGGAAUCAGAGUGGCUUAUAAUGACAGUGAGUUCUGAAGGAACUCGUGUGUUAUAAGUUAGGUGCCCUGAGAAGCCAGGACUUUAUGGAGGGGUGUGGGUGGGAAUCAUAUAGUAUGGAUGGAAAGUCCUGGAUAGCAAAGAGCCUCCCAGUUUCAAUGUGUCCCUAAUGUCUGUCCCUAAGAUGUCAGGUUGCCCUUAUCUUUGGAUGAGGACAUCGAUACCAGAAUGGACUUCCACAGUCAAAAUCACCUCAAGAGUCAGUCCUUGAAGCAUCAACUUGUCCUGACCUCUCAGGGAGUCCAAGUGUCAGGGUUUCCUUGAAGAUUCAUAAUGAAUGUCUCUGGGAAUCUGAAUUUAUUCCAAGCCAUGGAAGCUCAAAGAAGGACCCAGCAGGAGAAACAAAGGAAGGGUCGUGCCUGUGGCGGAACGCUGCCUGAGCCCCACGUGACCUCUGGGACCCUGAUCUCCACAGUAGACACGAGCCCUGAGACUUUUGGGAGACUCUCUGGUCCGGGGCUGGGGAGACCUAAGCUUUGCCCCCAGAGGGGCCGUCCCCACUCCCGGCGUCGCCACCGUACCACCUUCAACCCAGCACAGCUGGAACAGCUGGAGUCAGCCUUUGGGAAGAACCAGUACCCUGACAUCUGGGCCCGAGAGGGACUUGCCCAAGACACUGGCCUCAGUGAAGCCAGAAUCCAGGUCUGGUUCCAGAACCGCAGAGCUAAGGAACGGAAGCAAGAGCGGGCGCUGCUCCAGCCACUAGCCCGUCUGUCUCCUGCCUCCUUCUCUGGCUUCUUGCCAGAGUCCCCUGCUUAUCCCUACCCCUACACGACACCACCUCCCCCAGUGGCCUGCUUCCCUCACCCCUACAACCACACCCUCUCCUCCCCACCCUCCACAGGUGCCUCAUUCACUCUUCCUCCCCAGCCUGAGGACUGGUACCCCACCUUACACCCAACCCCUGGUCAUCUGCCCUGUCCCCCACCCCCACCCAUGUUUCCCCUCAGCCUUGAGACACCAAAACCCUGGAACUAAGUGGUGACAAGGUCACUCUCUACCCAUAAACUUCACAAAAUGCAAGAAAAUCGGGGGCUCUCUUUUCAUCCUAAGGGUGAAGUUGGAAAUGUGGUGAGGGGCAGUUCAAGACUGGAAAUGGGAAAAGGGGGGAUCUUGAUGAACUGUCAACAGGGUAAGGAGUUAAGAGACUAUGAGGAGGUUAACCGGUAGGAGAUACAAGCUGAAAAGCUCCAACAGAGGUGACAGGAGGGCAGUGUUGAUGGGACCAGUGGAUAUUGUUGGCGAGGGAUGAUCAAAAGAGACUUUGAAGCUUCAUUCAUUGAGAUCCCUGUGGGAGAACCUGAACGGAGGCUGAAUGUACUCCAGUCGCUCUGAAAUCAUCUCCUGACUUCCUUUCCAUUUCAGCAGGCAUGCGGCUUGUGGCCCUGUGGGGUGUGUGUGUGUGUGUGUGUGUGUGUGUGUGUGUGUGUGUGUGUGUGAAAGAGAGAGAGAGAGAGAGAGAGAGAGAGAGAGAGAGAGAGAGAGAGAGAGAGACUUAGCCUCCUUCCUUUCAUUUCCCUCCCUUAGUCUUUCUUGUCUCCAAAACACCUUUGCUAAUCUGACCAUCAAGGAAUGCCUGAUGCAGAGCACAUGGCUGUGACUAGCUUGGUCUGAAGGAGCUGGCAGCAUCUGCCUCAGCCCAACUUUAAAAUCAGCUGCAGGUUUAAACAUACUUUGCUUGUGACAAAGAAACCGCAUGACCUGAG